GGGCGCGGGGCCGCGGCGGGAAGGGGUCCCCGAAUGGCGAGUGCCGUCGCGGGGACCCUCCGCGCAGCCCCGGCCCGGAGCCGCCUCGCGAGCCCAAGGUCUCCUUCUCCUGCGGCGGCGGCGGCGCGUCCCCCGGCGGGGCCAAGGCAGCCGAGGAGGGCGCGGGCGAGGAUGCGGGCGAGGAGGUCCGCGGGAGCCAGGCCAGCUUCAUGCAGCGGCAGUUCGGGGCGAUGCUCCAGCCCGGCGUCAACAAGUUCUCGCUGCGGAUGUUCGGCUCGCAGAAGGCGGUAGAGCGGGAGCAGGAGCGCGUCAAGUCGGCGGGGGCCUGGAUCAUCCAUCCCUACAGCGACUUCAGAUUCUACUGGGACUUCACGAUGCUGCUCUUCAUGGUGGGCAACCUGAUCAUCAUUCCUGUGGGCAUCACCUUCUUCAAGGAGGAGACCACAGCACCCUGGAUCGUGUUCAAUGUGGUCUCUGACACCUUCUUCCUGAUGGACCUGGUGCUGAACUUCCGGACAGGGAUUGUCAUUGAGGACAACACAGAAAUCAUCCUGGACCCCGAAAGGAUCAAGAAGAAGUACCUCAAGACCUGGUUUGUGGUGGAUUUUGUCUCCUCCAUCCCCGUGGACUAUGUUUUCCUCAUUGUGGAGAAGGGCAUAGACUCGGAUGUCUACAAGACCGCCCGUGCCCUCCGCAUCGUCCGCUUCACCAAGAUCCUCAGCCUCCUGCGGCUCCUCCGCCUCUCCCGGCUCAUCCGCUACAUCCACCAGUGGGAGGAGAUCUUCCACAUGACCUACGACCUGGCCAGUGCAGUGAUGAGGAUCAUCAACCUCAUUGGCAUGAUGCUGCUGCUCUGCCACUGGGACGGCUGCCUCCAGUUCCUGGUGCCCAUGCUGCAGGAUUUCCCCCAGAACUGCUGGGUCUCCAUCAAUGGGAUGGUGAACGACUCCUGGAGUGAGCUGUACUCCUUUGCCCUCUUCAAGUCCAUGAGCCACAUGCUCUGCAUCGGCUAUGGGAAGCAGGCUCCCGAGAGCAUGACGGACAUCUGGCUGACCAUGCUGAGCAUGAUUGUGGGGGCCACUUGCUACGCCAUGUUCAUCGGCCACGCCACCGCCCUCAUCCAGUCACUGGACUCCUCCCGGCGCCAGUACCAGGAGAAGUACAAACAGGUGGAGCAGUACAUGUCCUUCCACAAGCUGCCCGCCGACUUCCGCCAGAAGAUUCAUGACUACUACGAGCAUCGCUACCAGGGCAAGAUGUUUGACGAGGACAGCAUCCUGGGGGAGCUCAACGAGCCCCUGCGUGAGGAAAUUGUCAACUUCAACUGCCGCAAGCUGGUGGCCUCGAUGCCGCUGUUCGCCAACGCAGACCCCAACUUUGUCACGGCGAUGCUCACCAAGCUGAAGUUUGAGGUGUUCCAGCCGGGUGACUACAUUAUCCGUGAGGGCACCAUUGGCAAGAAGAUGUACUUCAUCCAGCAUGGGGUGGUCAGCAUCCUCACCAAGGGCAACAAGGAGAUGAAACUCUCUGAUGGCUCCUACUUCGGAGAGAUCUGCCUGCUGACCCGUGGCCGGCGCACGGCCAGUGUCCGUGCAGACACCUACUGCCGCCUCUACUCACUCUCAGUGGACAACUUCAACGAGGUGCUGGAGGAAUACCCCAUGAUGAGACGGGCCUUUGAGACUGUGGCCAUUGACCGCCUUGACCGCAUUGGGAAGAAGAACUCGAUCCUGCUCCACAAAGUGCAGCACGACCUCAACUCAGGUGUCUUCAACAAUCAGGAGAACGAGAUCAUCCAGGAGAUCGUCAAGUACGACCGGGAGAUGGUACAGCAGGCAGAGCUGCAGCAGCACACAGCUAUGUACAGCCCCGUCCAGCCCCAGGUCACCUCUGCCAUCGCCACCCUCCAGCAAGCUGUUGCCAUGAGCUUCUGUCCGCAGAUGGCAAGCCCUCUGGUGGGCUCCAUGGCGCUGGGCUCACCCCGCAUGAUGCGCCGUUUGCAGUAUGCCCAGGCCAUGCCCAGCCCCUUCGCCGUCUCUCCCGUCCUGCUGCAGCAGAGCCCCCCACCGCAGCCACAGCCCCCAACGCCCCACACCAACCCCUCACCCUCGCAGGACCCGGUGCAGCCCACGGCCCUGCCCGCCUCCACCAGCGCCUUCGCCGCGGCCGCGGCCAGCCCGCCGACCCAAAGCCCGCUGGCCAGCCGGACGUUCGCCUAUGGAGGUGCCCCGGGGCCGCUGGGAUCCCAGCUGUCCCUCAGCCAGCAGCCAGCGCCCGGCUCGCCCCAGCGCCUGGCUGCCCACAAGAGCACACAGGCGCUGCACACCAGCAGCCUCAGCCAGGAUUCGCGGCCCCUCUCGGCCUCACAGCCCUCCCUGCCCCACGGGCUGGUGGCUGGCAGCACCCAGAGCCCUCCGGCCUCUGCCCGCGAGUCCUGCACCUCCAUCAGUGGGGGCCCGGCCACUGCCUCGCCGGGCCCAGGGCCCCCAGCCGGGCUGCGGGGCCAGGCACCCUCGCGGGGGGCUCCGGCCCACCCGGCACCCACGGGCCCGGGGCUCACCCCGCCACCCACCCUGCCGCAGGACUCAGCGGCGGCCCGCAAGGAUUCAGCGGCCAGCACGCCCGACACGGACCCGGCCAAGUCCAGGCUGUCUUCCAACUUGUGA